AUGACGACGAUGUCCGAUCUUCCACGGGAUUUGGUGGUGAGGAUACUCUCUAGGGUUCCAUUGACAUGUAUGAGAAGAGUGCGAUUCACAUGCAAAAAGUGGAACUCUAUAUCCAAAGAUCCGAGGUUUGUAAAGAUGCACAUUGAUAACGCGGCGAGGCAGUUAAUAAUAAUGAUGUCUGAACACAGGCUUUGGUUAAUGAGCGUAAAUCUCCAUGGAUACGAGGACGAAGAUCAGUUGGAGGGAAUAGGUAAGCUUACUAGCUUAACUAACAACAACAAUUCAGAUGAUCAAGUGGAGAUAUCAAAAGUUUUUCACUCCAACGGCUUACUCUUAGUCUUGCCCACGGACAAGACUAGGCUCGUGUCUAAUUCAUGGAGGGUUCUUGAUGGCAUCACCCCUGACGACUGGGAGGUAAAUCCGUAUAAACGUGGCGUGUCGGUGUCUUUAAAGGGUGAUACUUACUUUUUUGCUAAAGAAAAAUUAGUGGAGGAUGCGCAAGGAUACGUAAAUCUGGGGGACGUCCAAGAUUUCUUGAUCUGUUUUGAUUUUACAAGUGAGAGAUUUGGACCGCGGCUGCCUCUGCCAUUUCACUCUUACCCGGACGAUACCGUGACUCUUUCUAGUGUUAGAGAAGAGCAGCUUGCAGUGUAUUAUCUGCGCGACACGUGGACGAUGGAGAUUUGGGUUACGGAUAAGAUUGAGCCCAAUGUGGUGUCAUGGAACAAGAAGGUCUUCUUAGCAGUGGAUUUGGAACCACUCGUUGGUCCUAUUCAUCAGUUUGCUUAUCAGGGUGGCCUUUUCUUCAUUGAUGAGGAGAAGAAAAUCGCUGUGGUAUUCGAUAAAGACCAAUACCUUAUCAACGACAGAGCUUACCUGAUUGGAGGGAAUGGAGGAUACUACAAAGAAGUGGAUCUCGGAUACCUGAAUGGACAUAAUGGUAUCCAACAAGUAGAAGAUGUUAUGCCACCUGAUGAUGAUGAUGAUGUUAUUGCCCCUCUCGGAUGCUCGUAUUCUCCUAGUUCGGUCAAGAUCCAGCAUGGUAUUGGUGCGCGAGGCAAAAGGAAAGAACGAGACUAA